GGCAGAUGUGUUGUUGCCUACCCUUACUGGCCCAUUAGGAAGUCCAGGAUCCAGUUGCAGAGGGAGUUGUUUAGUCCCAGGGUCAUUAGCUUAGUGAUAAGCUUUGAGGGCACUAUGGUGUUGAAUGCUGAGCUGUAGUCAAUGAAUAGCAUAGGUGUUCCUUUUGUCCAGAUGUGAAAGGUCAGUGUGGAGUGCAAUAGAGAUUGCAACAUCUGUGGAUCUGUUAGGCCGGUAUGCAAAUUGAAGUGGGUCUAGGGUUUCUGGGAUAAUGGUGUUGUGAGCCAUGACCAGCCUUUCAAAACAUUUCAUGGUUACAGACGUGAAUGCUAUGGGUCUGUAGUCAUUUAGGCAGGUUACCUUAGUGUUCUUGGACACGGACUAUGGUGGUCUACUUGAAACAUGUUGGUAUUACACACUGUCAGGGACAAGUUGAAAAUGUCAGUGUAGACACUUGCCUGUUGGUCAGCGCAUGCUUUGAGCAUACGUCCUGGUAAUCCGUCUGGCCCGACGUCCUUGUGAAUGUUGACCUGUUUAAAGGCUUACUUACAUCGGCUACGGAGAGCGUGAUCACACAGUUGUCCGGAACGGCUGAUGCUCUCAUGCAUGUUUCAGUGUUACUUGCCUCAAAGCGAGCAUAGAAGUAAUCUAGCUUGUCUUGUUCGCUCGUCACUGGGCAGCUCGCGGCUGUGCUUCCCUUUGUAGUCUGUAAUAGCUUGCACGCCCUGCCACAUCCGAUGAGCGUCGGAGCCGGUGUAGUACGAUUCGAUCUUAGUCCUGUGUUGACGCUUUGCCUGUUUUUAAUGAUUCGUCGGAGGGCAUAGUGGGAUUUCUUAUAAGCGUUUGGGUUAGUCCCCCUCCUUGAAAGCGGCAGCUCUACCCUUUUAGCUCAGUGCAGAUGUUGCCUGUAAUUGAUGGCUUCUGUUUGGGGUACUGCAUGUACAUACAGACACUGUGGGGACGAAGUCAUCGAUGCACUUAUUGAUGAAGCCAGUGACUGAUGUGGUGUACUCAAUGCCAUCAGAUGAAUCCCGGAACAUUUUCCAGUCUGCUAGCAAAACAGUCCUGUAGCUUAGCAUCUGCUUCAUCUGACCACUUUUUUUAUUGACCGAGUCACUGGUGCUUCCUGCUUUAGGUUUUGCUUGUAAGCAAGAAUAAGGAGGAUAGAAUUAUGAUCAGAUUUGCCAAAUGGAGCGUGAGGGAGAGCUUUGUACUCGUCUUUGUGGAGUAAAGGUGGUCAAAUUUCUUUCCCUCUGGUUGCACAUUUAACAUGCUGGUAGAAAUUAGGUCAAACGGAUUUAAGUUUGCCUGUAUUAAAGUCCCCGGCCACUAGGAGCGCUGCCUCCUGGACGAGCGUUUUCAUGUUUUCUUCUGGCCGUAUACAGAUCAUUGAGUGCGGUCCUAGUGCCAGCAUCGGUUUGUGGUGUUAAAUAGGCAGGUACGAAGAAUAUAUGUGAACUCUCUUGGUAGAUAGUGUGGUCUACAGCUUAUCAUGAGAUACUCUACCUCUGGCGAGCAAAACCUUGAGACUUCCUUCGAUAUUCUGCACCAGUUGUUGUUUAGAAAUAUACAUAGACCACCACCCCUUUUCUUACCAGAGGCUGCUGUUCUAUCCUGCUGAUACAGUGUGUAACCCGCCAGCUGUAUGUUAUUCAUGUCGCCAUUCAGCCACGACUCGGUGAAACAAGAUAUUACAGUUUUAAUAUCCUGUUGGUAGGAUAUACGUGAUUGUAGUUCUUCCACUUUAUUAUCCAGCAAUUGUAAGUUGCCCAAUAAUACCGAUGGCAAAGGCAGAUUAGCCACUCCUCACCGUAUCCUUACAGGCCACCAUGAUCUCCUUCCGCGAUAUCUCCGUCUUUUUCUCCUGCGAAUGACUGGGAUGAGGGCCUCGUCGUGUGUCUGGAGUAAAUCCCUCUCUUCCGACUCAUUCAAGAAAAAUGAUUCGUCCAGCUCAAGGUGUGUCUCAUGCCACCCUCCUGCACACCAAAUCCCUACGGGGCCACCGGGAGUGUUUUGAGAAGUACCACCUCAUUGCCAACCAGAAGCUGUCCCGCUCCAAGGUCUCCCGCAGUCCCUACGAGGGCAUGAAGCUGGCUCUUAGCCAGAAGAUCAGCCGCAUUGUGCAGUACGCCCAGAACAAAGACUCUGUCAGCUCAGAGGGGAGUCCUGGCCGUCGGGGGGGCAAGCACCAGCUCCUCUGCUACAGCCAGAAUGGAGACCGUAAACUACUGCCCCAGGCGGAUGCCCAGGUGCCCCGCUACACCCCACGCUGGAACCAGGGGAUUGGGGCAGGAGGACUGCCGGACUACGCCACGAGUAUGCUGGAGUGCCACUCGGCCGAGGAGCUGGGGCUACUGGAGGACGGGCGCGGCCUCGGGGCCCUGUGGGGGGUCACAGGGAGGAGGAGCCAUCUUCACCGCAGCCACAGCCAGUCUUCUGGAGGAGACCACCAGACACUGCAUUCAAACAAUGGUCACAGCAGAGACGAGUUGAUUAAAAUGAGUGUGGACGAGCUCCACCAGCUGAAUGGGCAGCUGCUGCUACAGAUUCAAAAGGUGUUUGAGGAGCUGACAGUGGCUGUGCAGGAAAAAGACUCACUGGCGUCGGAACUGCAUGUUCGCCACAUCGCCAUCGAGCAGCUCUUCAAGAACUGUGCCAAGCUGCCCUGGCUGCAGAUCAGCCGAGCCGGGUCCGUGGUCAAGGCCAGCAGCAACGCCUCUGUGGAGUGAGGGGAGUCUGGGGGUACCUACCUGGCUUGGCUGCCUCUCUCAGGGAGAUGACUGUUUCACUCCCAGGGCUAAAAGACAGACAGACAGGAUGGCCACUGUGGCCUGUGCCCUUUAUAUUGUAAAAGACUUGUUGCGUGGUGUGGUUUCUCUCAGAAGAGUGAGGAAUGGACAUGGCCUCCUCUGGUGCUCCAUAGCUUUCUGACUGCAGUACUUUGAAGAAGGGGCUCAGAGAAAGGCAAUAAAAUGAAAGGAUCUUGGGAUCCACUGACUUCCACAUGGGAACUGAGUUGUUGAGCCCCGCUGUCGGUGGACCUGUUGCCUAUGCAGACAAAGUAUUUUUGAAAGAAUAUCUAUUCAGAUUUAAUACAGAAUGACAUGAGCGAAUACUAGUAAUUGCCAAAAUAAAGGAAACACUUGAGUAAAUUAAAUAAAGUAUAUUGAAAGCAGGCAGGGCUCCACAUUUAGAUUGGUUAGCAUCAUGGUUGCACUAUUACUACAGUGAAAACAGCUUGCUUCUAGCUCAACCAGGUCAAAAGAUCUGACCAAUUUUACCGGCAAAACAUUUGUAUCUUCCUAUAGCUGAGCGGAUCGCCGGGACCGCAUUUUAGAUUCAUAAACCAUGUCGUGGGCCGUUCUAAAACUACUCACGCGUCAACAACCUUUUGUUUACACUUUGUUCAGUCAUGUUACCUUGUUCGCUAGCUAGCUAACAACCUGGUAACAGAAAGAAAGGAAAAGGGGUAGCUUCUUCAGGAGAUCAGUGGUCAUAGCAGUGAAUGAAUGAUCUCUUGCAUGUCAACAUCACAAACCUGAUGUUUUUAAGGAGACCGUGUACAAUUUUCUAUGUAAUGCAUCUCAAUAGGAAAAUGCUGCUUUUACACCAAAUGUUCCACAAAUUACUUUAUUUCAAUGACAGGUAUUCGUAUCAUCAUUUUAGCUUUUAUAAUAAACAAAUGCGCUUACAGUGUUCCAUAUUGGUUUCUAGGCCACAACGUGCUUCAGAAGUAGCUAGAAUUCGUAGGCUGCAUUUACACAGGCAGCCCAAUUCUGAUUUUUUUUUUAAAUUCACUAAUUGGUCUUUGGUCUUUCCAAUCAGAUCAGCUCUGAAAAAUAUCUGAUUUGAAAAGAUCCUAUGUGGUUGAUCAAAAGAACAAUAGGUGGAAAAAAUAUCAGAAUUUAUCUGCCUGUGAAAAUGUAUAGGCCCAAUCUCAAUCAAUUUUUCUGGUGCUCCUAAAUUUAAUUUGGUGCUCCCAACUUUAAGUUACCAAUGAAACAUUUGAAUUUCGAGCCCUGAAAGCAGGUGCUUCCACAUGCGUGGUUCCUGAGUUAAUUAAGCAAUUAACAUCCCAUCCAUGUAUAAACAAUCCCAGUUGACCAGUACUUUGGCUAACAUGGCUAGAAAAGGGGUGUCAAAGAUGCGUAGGGGGUUUAGUGUGGGUGGGUGUGUCUGUCAGUUACCAGAAGGGUAUACUACAAAGCAUGAUCAAGGAGUUAGCCAGCUAACUUGCCUAAAUGUUCUGAAAUAACUUUAUUUUUUAGAAAGAUAAGCUUGAUAUGCGCAUGGUCUAAUUGACUCAACAACCAAAAACUCAUAUCUAAGUUUAGCUGUCUUAAUGAACCAGAAAACCAAUGGUUAUUUCUGGUUGUUUAUAAAAGUUAGCUGGCUAUCUCAUUGAUCCUGCUUUGUAGUAUACCCCUCUAAUCUCAUCCCAAUUUAACAUUUAUGGGAGAUUCUGGAGCGGCGCCUGAGACGGCCUUUUUCACCACCAUCAAUAAAACACCAAAUGAUGGCAUUUAUUGUGGAAGAAUGGUGUUGCAUCCCUCCAAUAGAGUUUCAGACACUUGUGGAAUCUAUGCCCAGGGGCAUUGAAGCUGUUCUGGCAGCUCGUUGUGGCCCAAUGCCCUAUUAAGGCAUUUUGUUGGCAUUUCUUUUAUUUUGGCAGUUACCUGUAUCUAGCUGCAGUUUUCUUUUUACAAUCAGUUUUCAUUUAUUGAAUUUCCUCACACUCUUUUACAUUUAGUUUUCUUUUGGUUAUUUUAAUCACACCCAUUUCCUCGCUCCUCCAGAAAAUAUUUGGUUGACUGAUUCUGUUGUUGCUGUGGUAACUGUUACUAAAUGAGAGGUUAUUUUGUAUUCAGUGCAGUGAAACACUCUUGCGGUUUGAAUAAAGUCUGUUACAUCUAAGAGGUGGGAUUUUAAGUCCAGAGGUUACAGUUUUGUUGCUUUUAUUAUUUCUCCAGUUUUUGAUUUGAAUUUGAUGUCUUGUUUGUAUUUUUAUUUGUUUUGAGUUUUGUUAGUGGCAUGCUGCAAUUGCUGUUUUCUGCUAUUCUUAACUUUGAGUCCUCUUGAUUUCAACUGGUAAGGUAUUUUAUGGUAGCCUGUGGUAAGGCUGAUGAGCUCAUGUAUUUGAACAAGGGAGGGACAUGAAAUGUGUGCUGAUAGAAAAGGCCUAACUAAGUAAGCAUUAUAUUGUCCAUUUGCCAAACCAAAGCCUUUAUUUGCUUCAAGGCAGCAAAUAUCAGUAUUUAUUAUUUCACUUGUAAACUACAAGUAUAGGCCUCGCUAGACCAACUAGAAUUGAUAUGAAACGCAAUAGAAUACACUGAUACCAAAUUCACUUGAAAUGUGGCUCAAUGAUAAACUUGUGACUCUAUAAAAUUGGUUUAGCUGUAAUGUCCUGCGUUAUGAACUGCUCACCACAAUUCAGCAGGUAGCCUAGCGGUUAAGAGCUUUUGGUUCAAAUCCCCGGGCCGACUAAGUGAAAAAUCUGUCAAUGUGCCCUUGAGCAAGGCACUUCAAAUCUAAUUUUAUUAGUCACAUGCACCGAAUACAACAGGUGUAGACCUUUACAGUGAAAUGCUUACUUACAAGCCCCUAACCAACAACGCAGUUCAAAAAAUACAAAUAAGAAAUAAAAGUAACAAGCAGUUAAAGAGCAGCAGUAAAAUAACAAUAGCGUAACUUCUAUACAGGGGGUACAGGUACAGAGUCCAUGUGCGGGGAACAGGUUGCUUUUGUAAAUCGCUCUGGAUAAAGAGCAACUGCUAAAUGACGUAAAUGUAAUCUCUCCUGGUUUCACUGUCUGUCAAGUUGAUGUUAGGUUGUGUGAGUUUAUUCAAGCAAUUAUUCGUAUAUAUUUUUUAAAUUAUUUUGUGGUUGUGUGUUUCAAGUGUGCUUUGGUUUUUACUUGUUUUAUUUUAGCUAAUAAUUUUCUGGUGGCAGGUCUAUGCUGUGUGGAGUUCAAAUGAUAUCUAAACUGCCGAGUCCGGUUUUCUCUUAAUACGAUGUGUCCAUUUAGUUUUAAAGGCACUGAUCUGAAUGGUGAAAAGAAAGCAAUAUGAUGGAAAGGCCAAAUAAUGAUUAAUUUUACCUAUCCAGUCUGGUCAGAUCAGUGAUUUUGAAGAAAAGGAGACAUACAAAUUAACUAGCCUUCAUGAAUAUUUGGGACACAGAUGUAUUAAGAAAAUGGAUUUUAGUAUGUCUCUGGUCAAUACUUAGACCUGCAUGUGACAUUUAGGCAUACUCUGGUGGUUUGAAACAGCUGUAGAGGUUAUAAUCACUGAAGUGGACCCUCUAUCAUUGGCCCAACAAGAAUGUGUAUAUUUUGGGUAGAAAGAAACAAAUAUAUUCAGGUUGAUGUAUUUGAAUCUUCCAAUGUCAGUCUCUCUUUAUAAGAGAUCAGGUUUGACCCCUUUGGGGUUUACAAGAAAGGUUUUAGCUCUGCUUUCAACUUAUCCUGCUUUUGUUUGGAUUAAUAAAUGUGUAUUCUUCUGA